AUAUCACCACAGGGCUAGGUUUCGCCUCUACACACACCUGCCUGCCUGUUGUAACCAGUAAAUUCAACCAAACUAGAGCAAGCAUGGCCUUGGGACUCCAUGCGGCGGGCCACUGGCUCAUGACUCUUGUCCUCUGGCCUCUCGUAGUAGGACUGUCACUGAUUUCCGUCCCCAUCUUUCUUAUUAUCGUUUACAACCUUACAUUUCACCCAUUGAGCAAAUAUCCGGGCCCUAAACUAUGGGCAGCGACCCGCAUCCCCUACUCAAUGAUGCUCAUUCGCGGCAACCCCCAUACAACCAUCCUCGACUUACAUCAGAAGUACAACGCAGAGAUUAUUCGUGUUUCCCCAAACGAAAUUUCUAUUCAACACCCGGAAGCCUGGAAGGAGGUUAUGGGGCACCGUAAAACCGGCGCUGAAGAGAACGGGAAGGAUCCUGACUUUGUUGAUCCUAAAGGUAUCGAUAUUCUAUCAGCUACCAGGGAAAACCACGGUCGCUACCGUCGCGUUCUGUCUCAUGGCUUCUCUACAAAGAGUAUGCUAGAUCAGCAACCUAUCAUUCGUUCCUACGUCGAUCUCCUUAUCGACCGCCUCUACGAAAUCUCCAGCCAAGGCCCAGUUGAUAUUGUCAAGUGGUAUAACUACACUACUUUUGAUAUUAUUAGCGACCUGAGCUUUGGUGAACCCUUUGGGUGUCUUGAGAACUCUGACUAUCACCCCUGGAUUAAGGUGGUCUUCCAGAAUGUUCAGAUGCUAGCCUUUAUCAACGUUAUACGGGGCUUUAAGGGUGUUGCAAAGCUGCUUAAGCUGUUGAUGCCUAAGUCUGUAGUUGAAAAGGGACAGUCCUACAACAAACUUGUUCGGGAAAAGGUCGAUAAGAGAAUGGCUCUUGGCACGCCAAGGCCGGAUUUUGUUGAAUCUAUGCUUAGGAAGGGUGCAGAGCCUAUGACAAAAGACGAGAUAUAUUCAAACUGUAUGAAUCUAAUCUUGGCCGGCUCUGAUACAACGGCAACGGCGCUCUCGGGAGCCACCUACUUCUUACUUAUGCACCCGGAGAUGCUUAGAAAAAUUACUGACGAAGUCAGAAAUGGGUUCAAAAGUAGUAAGGAAAUUAACCUGACAAGUACAGCAAAGCUUGAGUUCUUCCAAGCUGUUCUUGAGGAAACUAUAAGGGCGUACCCGCCUGUCCCCUCUGCUUCACCUCGAAAGACGCCACCUGCAGGGCAGGAAGUGCUUGGGCGUUGGAUACCUGGCAAUACAACAAUAAGCCUGUGGCAUUGGCCGAUGUAUCAUAAUGAGAAGCAUUUUGCUAAACCCUAUGGGUUUCACCCUGAGAGGUGGAUGGGCGACCCUGAGUUUAAGGACGACCAAACAGAAGCCUUUAAGCCUUUCCACAUUGGUCCAAGGAACUGUAUAGGCACCAAUCUGGCUUAUGCUGAGAUGAGAAUGAUUCUUGCUCAGGUCUUGUGGCAUUUUGAUAUCAGCAUGGGCCCUGGGAACGAUGACUGGAUUGAACGUCAAAGCAUCUAUAUGCUUUGGAAAAAGCCUCCGUUAAUGAUUAAUCUAACGCCUAGGAAACUUGGCUAGAGAAAGAGGGAUUGUUACGGCGCGGCUAGAGAGGUAGCUGAUGGAGGGGCACGGAAACAGCGCGCCUAAAAGCUGUGGAUAGUUUUCUCCUUCUUUACCUUCAAGUCUCUUAGAAUAGUCCA